AUCUUUGACUUCCGUAUUAAAUUACAAAGUACUAGUCGAAUCCGUGGAAUCCUGUGAAACGGGAAGAGUCCUCACUCUCUCUCCCUCUGCCUAAGGGAUUUUCUUCUCUCAUUCUCUGUAAUCAGUUUGAGAUUUUGAAGAUGGGUGAGGGUGGAAAGCGUUCUCGACCACACAGGGAUAAUGAUGGAGACAACAAAAAUCAAAAGAGAAGGUUAAGUGAUAAAGAGGAGAAGAGUUCUGAUGAACUGGUUGUUUAUAGAAUACUAUGUCCAGAUGGGGUUAUUGGAAGUGUCAUUGGUAAAAGUGGCAAAGUCAUAAAUUCAAUCAGACAGGAAACAAGGGCAAAAGUCAAAGUCGUUGACCCAUUUCCUGGAGCUAAGGAUAGAGUCAUAACAAUCUAUUGCUAUGUUAAGGAGAAGAAGGAAGUUGAGGUGGAUGAUGAACUCGAUGAUGAACUCGGUUAUAAAGUACCGUUAUGUGCUGCUCAAGAUGCUCUCCUUAAAGUUCAUGCUGCAAUUGCCAAUGCUUCUACUGCUGUAGGGGAUGCAGAUAAGAGACAAAAGGAUAAGGAGGAAUGCCAACUUCUUGUUCCCUCUAGCCAAUCUGCUAAUAUCAUUGGUAAGGCAGGGGCAACUAUUAAGAAACUCAGGAGUACAACCAGGGCAAACAUCAAGGUUAUUCCCAAGGAUGCCAAUGAUCUGACUCAAUCAUGUGCCUUGGAGUUCGACAACUUUGUUCUGAUAAAUGGUGGCCCGGAAGCUGUUAGGAAAGCACUUUUUGCAAUUUCUACUAUCAUGUACAAGUGCAACCCUAGAGAAGAAAUUUCUCUUGAGACAACAGUCCCAGAAGUUCCUCCAAGCAUCAUUAUCCCAUCAGAUGUUCCCAUUUAUCCACCAGUGGGCUUAUAUCCUAAUUCAGAUCCAAUUAUACCUUCUAGAUCACUCCCACCAAUCUUCAGUGCUACACAUGUGCCAGAUCUUCAGGGCUAUGCAGAUGCUGGGACUACAUGGCCUGUUUAUUCAUCUGCUUUUCCUGUGGUGUCUGGUUUUGGCAGUGCCUCACAAUCUGAAGUAUUAGUCAUAAGGGUAUUAUGCCCAUUUGACAAGAUUGGGCGUGUCAUUGGCAGGGGUGGGUGUAGUAUUAAAAGUAUGAGGCAGGACAGUGGUGCUAAUAUUGAGGUUGAUGACACAAAAGCCAACCGUGAUGAGUGUAUUAUCACUGUAACAGCAACAGAGUCUCCGGAUGAUUUAAAGUCCAUGGCUGUUGAAGCUGUUUUAUUGCUGCAAGGGAAGAUCAAUGAUGAAGAUGAUGAUACUGUUACCAUGCGCCUGCUUGUUCCCUCUAAGAUUAUUGGUUGUAUAAUAGGAAGAGCUGGUUCAAUUAUAAAUGAAUUAAGGAAGAGAACUAAAGCCAAUGUCCGUAUAUCAAAAGGGGUGAAGCCAAAGUGUGCUGAUGCAAAUGAUGAGCUUGUUGAGGUUGUUGGAGAAGUUGGUUGUGUUAGAGAUGCACUUAUACGGAUUGUUUUAAGGCUCCGAGCUGAUAUUUUGAAAGAUUGGGAUGGUGGUCAUAACCCUUCAGUAGGUGCUGAAUCUUUGCACUCUGGUGUUUUAGGCCUUUCAAUCAGGGAAAGGGGUUAUGGGUCAUCAUACUCAUCAAAGUUGUAUGGAGGGUUGCCCUCACCUUCGACUCUUGAUAUAUUGAUCCCUGCUAAUGCAGUUGGGAGAAUUAUAGGCAAGGGAGGGGCAAAUUUAUCCAACAUGAGAAAGAUAUCAGGGGCAAUGAUAGAGAUUUCUGAAUCUAAAUCCUCUCGAGGUGAUCGCAUUGCUCUUGUAUCUGGUACGCCUCAGCAAAAACAUGAAGCAGAAAACUUGCUUCGGGCAUUUAUAAUGGCCACCUGAGUUCUAAGGCCAUUUUAAAGUUGAAGGUGAAUAGUUAAACUUUGGAAUUUUCCCUAUGAAAAAUUUCUUCUCCAUAGUUCCUUUAGGUGUGGUUUUUGGAAAUGGCUUCAUGUUCUAGGCUUCUUCUGGUGUGCUCUUUCUAUUUCUUCCAUAACAGUGCCCUUAAAGAUUCUGCCUGAAGAUUUGCUGCUGCUUUGCUUUAACGUUCUUGGAGUUAGAUUUCAUCAUUGUUUCUUAAGUUACCCUUCAUCUGUGAUAUCUUAGAACUUUUUAGGAUCCUUCUUUCCUUGCAUAGAUAUGGGGUCAUAUCUUUUCUCAGCAUGGUGUCCUUAUUUCCAAUAUUAUUAUACUUAGACUUUGGUUGUUUGUGCCAGGAAAUAUUUCUAAUAACCAUAAUUGACUAGCCUGUAGAUGUAUGUGAUUAUUUUCUGCCAUUCAUCCUUCACUCAGCUUCCCACUAGAAGGAUCUAUCUAUUGAUGGUGUGAAGUGCAAUGCAGUUGGUGAUUAUUCCUCUUCAUUGGUGUUCCCCUUGCUCACCUUGGUAGAGCUUCUUUGGUUAAAAAAAAAAAAAAAAAUUUAAAACAUCCACUGAAGUUAAAUAAUACUAUUUUCAAUUCUAAAGGGCACUUACAUUCUCCUCCUUUUUUGUUUUAAACUAGUGCGAUGUUUCUGGAUUUAUGUUAGAUCAUUGUGAAAGCUGAACCAUGAGAUUGUUGUGUCUUAUCUCAGUCUGUCAUUUGAUUUCUCAGUUUCCCUCAGUUCCUUUGCUAAAUGUUUUUUUGCUCUAAUAUCAUCUCAAUUCUCACACUAUGAAAACAUCCACUGUAAUUAAAUAUAGUAUUUUCAGUUCUAAAAGCACUUACAAUAUCUUCCUUUUUUCCAUUUUUCCUUAUAGCCAGAGGUUUGCUGUUAAACAUGAAAUUUAACAAUCAAUCUACUGGUGCUCA